CUGACGGAGCCGGGCUGUCACUCCUGGCUGUGGAACCCUCUGUACUGCUUCCCCCCUCUGACCGAGAGGAGACAACCGAGUGGCUGCUCCUUCCGGUACUAGGCUGUUGCUGGUUGCUGCCGUUAGCUAACGCAAAGAUGGCGGAAGACGAGAAGAGUGGUGAGCCUACGAAAGAGAAAGACGAACUGCAAAUUAUGAAGGAGCUCGUAGAUGAACUGUAUAAUUUCAGAGAUUGCUAUUUUGAGACUCACAGUGUGGAGGAAGCUGGGAGGAAACAAAGCGAUGUCGCACAGGAGAGUGAAAAGACACUGAAGAGGCUAGAGGAGAAAGAAGAUCAUUUUAAACACAAAGCAGAGUUUCUGCUGCAGAAGGGCAGGUGUCUAAACGUGGCUCCAGACUUCAGCACCGUAGCAGAAGAGUGCCUUUCACGCGCUGUAAAGCUGGAGCCUGGCUUGGUCGAGGGCUGGAACACAUUGGGGGAGCAGUACUGGAAAAAAGGAGACCUGACUGGUGCCAAGAACUGCUUCACUGGAGCCUUGCAACAGAGCAAGAACAAAGUGUCUCUACGCAACCUGUCUAUGGUGCUGAGACAGCUGCCGCCGGCGGACAGCAACGCACAACAUGGCAAGCAGGUGAUGGAGAGUGUGGACAUGGCCCGACAAGCUGUCCAGCUGGACGUCACCGAUGGGACGUCUUGGUACAUCCUGGGAAAUGCUUAUGUGUCCCUGUUUUUCACCUGUGGACAGAAUCCACAGUUGUCUCAACAAGCUCUAACUGCCUAUGCACAAUCUGAAAAAGUGGACAGAGCUGCCUCUUGUUACCCGGAGCUGCAUUUCAACCGAGCCACUCUGUUCCAGUACGAGGAGAUGUACGGGUCUGCUCUCGGCGGCUACAGCCGAGCCGCGGCACUCGACCCGGGCUGGGAGGAGCCUCCAGAGAGAGAGAAGCAGCUGCUGGAGUAUCUGGGGAAAGUCACAGAACUCAUACAGAACAAGGGGAAGGUGAAGGCGCGUCGGUUAAGGACGAUGCUCUCUAACCUCAACACGUCAGCGUUGGGUCCCUGCGCCUCCCCUCAGUUCCGUUCCCCAACAGGCCGUGUCGGCAGCCUGGAGCCUCGAACUCUUUCCUCCCUCACGCACGGUCACAACGCUGGGGUUGCCGCCCUGGGCAAAGUGGUGUUCAGUCUGGCCUCUGAGGGUCGCAUGGCUUUUACGUUUGGUAUGGUGGACAGUGAGGAGUCCUGUAUAGUGGUGAUGGUAUACAACACAGCAGAUAGCUGGGGCGUCCUGAUAGGAGACACUGUAGUCAUUCCUGAACCUCAGGUCAAACGACACAGUAUAACACAUAAAGAGAAGGUGUUUGAUUUCAGAAGUAUACGAGUGGACUCUCCUCUGCUCCUCAUUGUCAACGGCAAGAAACAAAACGUCCAAAGUCAGAUUGCUGCCUCGGUCAGCUACAAGCCGCAGAGCGAAUGAGCUGAACAAGCAAUUGGGAAAUACAUUAAGAGGACCAAUUUUUUCUGGAUUUUAAAGAAGAGUUUGGAUAAUUAUGGAAGUUUCCAAAGUUUGUGCCUGUUUGGUGUUUGUAAAUAGAGGUUACCCUGUUACUUUGUCGUUAGAUAGACAAUUUUGUUUAUAUUUAUAAAUAUUUCUGGUUUUUUUUGUUGUGGAGACAACACAGUUGUUUUUUGUAAAUUAAUGAACCUGUGAUGAUGGCAAUGUGAUGUCAGAUUUAAUUGUGACUUAAGUUUACCAUGAAAAAAAUAAUUUUAUGUUAAACAUUUUGUUUGCGUGGUGUCUUAAAACAGCAAAGGGCCACCAGAGGUCCUCAUUAAAUGUCGUUUGAAAUGUAU